AUGGAUACUAACUCCUUAGGCCGAAGCAGACAAACACCGACUGCAAGAAAUCACAUCGUUUACACCGACCACAAGGGAAGAAAGAUCCCUUACGCGGACAAGAUCACCCCGGAGCCAAUCCUCAACAACAAUGCCGGCCGGGAUACAAAGGCGGACUCGAUCAGGAACAGUUAUAAUAGCCAAUUCAAAGUUGGCAUUUACGGCUGGCGAAAGAAAUGCCUCUACAUUCUUGUCAUGGCACUCAUGCUUAUGAUGAUUAUCAAUCUUGCUUUGACGCUGUGGGUUUUAAAAGUAUUGGAUUUCAAUUCGGAAGGCAUGGGUCAACUAAGAAUAGUGCCCGGUGGCGUACAACUACUUGGACAAGCGCUAGUACUGGACUCUCUCUUUGCAUCCAGUAUAAAGUCGAGACGAGGACAACCUAUAUCUAUUGAGUCAUCCAGGAAUUUCACAGUGACUACCCGUGAUUCGCUUGGAAUGUUGCAAAGCAGACUAUUUUUGGGUCAUGAUCGCUUGGAAGUUAACGCGGCUCGUUUAGAAGUGCGGGACACGAGGGGCACAUUGCUUCUGGGCGCGGGACAAGACGCAGUGACAAUCGGUGCUGAUAACCUCAUCGUGGCGAGCCCAGCCGGGGCCUCCUUCAACACAGCUGUACAGUCGCCCCUUAUUAAAGCGCCGCCUUCUAAACAAUUGAUGUUAGAAUCUCCAACACGGUCUUUGGAAAUGCAUGCGGCACAGAGUAUAGCACUGGAGUCUCGUGCUGGCGACAUCAGCGCAAGCUGUCUAUCCACAUUCCGGUUACGCUCCAUCGCCGGCUCGAUACGGUUAGAUGCACCAAGCAUUUACAUGCCGAAACUGAAGUCAGCAUUACCACUGCCACCUUCAGCACCACACACGCACGAUCCACACCAUCAAAACAUUUACCAACUUUGUGCGUGUGCGAAUGGCAAACUAUUUCUAGCGCCCCCGCACGGCGUUUGUGCCGCAAGAGAAGAGAGCCUAAUAUGCCGAUGAUGCUUUAAACUUUAUAUAUACUCCGUUUUUUCUGCACCAUCUUAAAACACAGUAUAAAGUAGAGAUACAGUAGUUCGUUGCCUUUGAUCACGUGUUAAAUUUAGACAACGUCUAGCCGCGUCACGACAGUUUAGGGAUGCUACGUAGAUUCCUUACAACUGAGACUAGGGCCCCG